CUAACAAAAUUUUGAGCAAGGGUGAGUUAUAUGGGAAAAAACAUAAUGAAGAGUAAUAGAGUUGCAAUUUUGAUGGUGAUUAUGUUGGUUUUUGUACAAAUUUUCCAAAAUGAGGCAAAAUUUCCAUGUCCCAUAAUAUGUGGUCUUGAGUGUUUGCUUUCACCUGAACCCUAUGGUCUGUGUUGGAUUAAGUGUGUUGUAAAAUGUGCAAUACCUACCGAUUCUCUCGAUUGUGUUAAAAGUUGUGGCGUCAACAAGUCCAUCACCAUUGAAAUCGAUGCUGGUGGUAAUGUGACUAACGUGGUUGAUUCUUGCUUGCAAAAGUGUCCCAAGUUGCAGAAUUAAUAUUUGUAAGACCAUUUCAAGAGCAAGAUUAGAAUGUAUCUCUUUGAUAAUUUCAAUAAAAAAAUAUGAAAAAAGAGUUUUAUAUUUUUA